AAGAUAAUGCCGCGGUAGUCCAUCACAGAGUGGAAAGUGACCGCAGUUGAUGUUCACAGCGAUCAUAAUAAACACGCUGGGCGCCUUUUUGAAGCUGUGAUAGUUCAAGUGUUCAACAAUCCGGAACAAUAUGAAAAGUGCCAAAAAUCAGUACUUGGCAACAGUUUGCGUGAAUCUCCUAUCCAUAAACUAUGGAUUCGUGUGUGGUUGGACAUCUCCUACGUUACCUGUAUUACAAUCUCAGGACUCACCUCUGGCGAGCGGCCCGAUCACAGCGGGGGAAGCGUCUUGGAUCGGAUCUAUUAUGUGCUUCGGGGGUUUGAUUGGGACGCUGGUGUCUGGGUGGAUGGCGGAUCACUGCGGGAGGAAAAUGACCGCAUGUUUGGCUGCCCUUCCGCAAAUGAUUUGCUGGACCAUGGUUCUGCUGGCGGAUAAUGCAUACUAUUUGAUGGCAAUGCGUUUUUUUGGGGGAUUUUCCGGUGGUGUUUGCUUCAUAGUUAUUCCAAUGUUUAUUGCCGAAAUAUCGGAGGACAGAAUUCGGGGCAUGCUGGCAUCAACGCUGGUUCUUUCGUGUAAUUUGGGGAUUCUGAUUAUGUACAUUUUAGGGAAUUAUCUAGCCUACACAACAGUUCCCUGGUUAGUGCUGCUGUUUCCAAUCGCGUUCCUAGUAACUUUUUCAUUUAUCCCGGAUACACCGUUCUAUCUGAUGAGAAACAAUGACUACGUGCAAUCAGAAAAGGCUCUACGCUUUUUUCGAGGAUACCGAACCGCAACGCAGCAGGUGUCCGACGAGUUUAAACUGGAAUUGGUCAAGCUGAAGGACACAUUCAAUGACGAAAAGCAUUCUAUUCGGCAGGACGUAGUUACAUGGGAGGAUUUGGUGACGCCCCACGCCAGAAAAGCGCUCCUGAUUGGGAUCUGUCUGAUGGCAUUCAACCAGUUUUGUGGUUGUUUCGCCAUGCUGAACUACACGGCAUCUAUUUUUGCCGAGUCCGGAUCGUCCCUGUCAGCCAACAUGUCCGCCAUUGUAAUCGGAACGAUACAAAUGUUCGGUAGCUAUUUUUCAACGGUGCUGGUCGAACGAGCAGGUCGAAAGCUUCUGUUCACAAUCUCCGGAGCAGGCAUUUCGAUCGGACUUGCCAUAUUUGCUGCUUUUUCGUAUGUCAAAAGCAUUGGCUAUGAUGUAACUUCCUUUAAUUGGUUGCCUUUGGUUUGCUUCUCUGUGGUUAUUUUCGUUGCAUCGAUGGGUGUCCUGACGCUUCCGUUCGUCGUCCUGGCAGAAAUCGUACCGCAAAAGAUCAAAGGUCUUUCCGUCACGGUUUGCAUGGUUUUAUUGUGGAUUUUUGCUUUCUUAGCAAUCAAGUACUUCUCAACCCUUUUCGAAGUUUUUGGAAUGCAUGGAACAUUGCUUCUGUUUUCCAUCUGCUCACUAGCGGGAACGCUGUUCGUUGCAUUUUACGUGCCCGAGACGAAAGGAAAAAGCUUCGAAGAGAUAGCGAAAGUGAUGUAUUGAAGUAUUUUUGUCAGUGUAUUAUGUUUGUUAUUUGAUUGAAAUGUUUUUUAUACAGAUUAUAAAUUUUGUAAAAUAAAAUUGGCGUAUUCUGCAAAACAGUCAUUUGCGAAUCAC